AUGUUCAUCAUCAUCAUCAGAUCAAGGACAGGCCCAUAUAGGAACCACCAUCAAAUGCCGAAGCAUUUGAGGGCAAUGAGGUGUUUCAUCUUCAACUCCGUUCCGCCUAGAGAUUCCAAGAUGCGCGUUAAAAAGAAGGUCUUGAAAAAACAAGAUUUGAGUGCCGUAGUGGUUCUAGAAGACAUCUUUUCUGACUUCAGUAACUUUCAUGAGAAAUGUCGCUUGUGUUUCAAAGAAGUUGGUGAUCGAAAUUCAAGAAAACAAAUCACAGAUGAAAUUCAGAACAAAAUUUAUUCCGUCCUGCAAAUUCACAUGUCAUUGGAUGGAAUGGGAUCAGAAUUUAUAUGUUCAAAAUGUGAAAACAUUUUAAAUGUUUCUCAUCAGUUUACGUUCAAAAUAAAUGAGAAAUUGAAGUGUUAUGAGAAGUUCAGUAGCAAAAAAGUUGAACAUUCCGAUGAUGAUGAUGAACUACCAGUCCCAUUUCAGGAGAAUUUCAUUAAGGUUGAAGACGACUUGAAUUUAUCAACAGAGAUGGAAUUGGUUUCACCAAUGAGUGAAAUCAAAGAAGAAAGCUCUGAAGAUGGAAGUCCAAGCGAAUCUGAAGGUGGGGAGAAUGAGGAGACAAUUGAACGUCAAAAGCAGGAUCAGUCAAAUCCUCAAUUCGUUCAAAGUUAUGUUGGUGGAAAAGUUUUAAGAAAUGGUGACACGAACAAGCGACGUCGAUGUAAAGGGAAUUUCAAAACUAAACUUCAGUGUGAUAUUUGUGGAAAGAAAUGCUGUAUUAAAGGAGAUCUUGCUAAACACAUGAUCACACAUAUUGGUUUGGAAUAUAGAAGAAAAGAUUUUCAUUGUCAAAUUUGCGGAAGGUCCUACUUUUCUAGAAGUGGACUUCAAACGCAUAUAUUAAAUAAUCAUGAAAGACCAAGUCAUCUUACCUGUUCAAUAUGUGGAAUCACUUGCUGGACCGAAAAAGGCUUAGAAAAUCAUAAGUUACGUCCCUGCCGUUUACCUUGUGAGAUCUGUGGAAAAAUAUAUUCCAAGAAUGUACUCAAACAACACAUCAAUGGAGUGCAUUUCAAUUUGAAACAAUAUCAGUGCGAUAUUUGUGGAAGGAAAUGUAGUUAUACAAGUCUUGCUAAACACAUAACUACGCAUAUUGAUUUGGAAUACAGAAGGAAAGAUUUUCAUUGUCAAAUUUGUGGAAGUUCCUACUUUUCUAGAAAUGGACUUAAAAAUCAUAUAUUAAAUGUUCAUGAAAAGCCAAAGCAUCUUACAUGUUCAUUAUGUGGAAGAACUUUCAUGACCGAAAAAGGUUUAAAAAGACAUCAGUUACAUCCCUGUCGUUUACCUUGUGAGGUCUGCGGAAAAUUUUUUUUUAAGAAUAUGCUCAGACAUCAUCUGAAAAAUGUGCAUUUCAAUUUGAAACCAUAUCAGUGUGAUAUUUGUGGAAAUAAAUUCUGCAAAAGAAAUCUUGCUCAACACAUGAUUACGCAUAUUGAUUUUGAACACAGAAAGAAAGAAUUUCAUUGUCAAAUUUGUGAAAGUUCCUACUUUAAUAAAGGGUCACUUCAAAUUCAUAUAUUAAACAAUCAUGAAAAGCCAAAGCAUCUCACAUGUUCAUUAUGUGGAAGAACUUUCAUGACCGAAAAAGGUUUAAAAAGACAUCAGUUACAUCCCUGUCGUUUACCUUGUGAGGUCUGCGGAAAAUUUUUUUUUAAGAAUACGCUCAGACAUCAUCUGAAAAAUGUGCAUUUCAAUUUGAAACCAUAUCAGUGUGAUAUUUGUGAAAAAAAAUUCUGCAAAAUAAAUCUUGCUCAACACAUGAUUACGCAUAUUGAUUUUGAACACAGAAAGAAAGAAUUUCAUUGUCAAAUUUGCGGAACUUCUUUUUUCAAGAAACAACAUCUUCAAACCCAUAUGAUAGGAGUUCAUGAAAAACCAAAGCAUCUUACCUGUUCAAUAUGUGGAAGAACUUUCUGGACCGAAAAAGGCUUAGAAAAUCACAAGUUACGUCCUCAUAAUAUACCUUGUAAGAUCUGUGGAAAAAUGCUUAGAAAGUCUGCACUUAAGGAACAUCUGAAUGUAGUGCAUUUCAAAAUAAAAAGAUAUCAGUGCGAUAUUUGUGGAAACAAAUUCGUUAAAAACUAUCUUGCUCGUCAUAUGAAUACACAUGUUUCAUCAGAACACAUAAGAAAAAAUUUUCAUUGUCAAAUUUGCGGAUCUUCUUUUUUUGAGAAAUGUAGACUUAAAUCCCAUAUGAUAAAAGUUCAUGAAAAACCGAAGCAUCUUACCUGUUCAAUAUGUGGAAGAACUUGGAGCACCGAAGAAGGCUUGAAAAACCAUAAGUUACGUCCUCAUUAUUUAUCUUGUGAAUUGUGUGGAAAAAUGUGUGAUAUUUGUGGAAAGAAAUUCAGUAGACAAAAUAUUGUUCGUCACAUGAAUACACAUAUUCCAUCAGAACACAGGAGAAAAGAUAGGAAAUUUAAAACAAAAUUGAGUCCUACUCGACACAUUUUCAGUCAUGAAAAAUCCACGAAUUGCAAAUAUUCAGUAAGAAGAAAGAAAAGCACCACAAGACUUUUUCUCAUGAAACAUUAUGAUUCAGAUUCUGAUUUCAAUGCAGAAAUGCAACUCUUCACAAUUGUAGCUCAGUAG